CUUGUUUCCUGGUGAAAAAGCAGAAAGAGAUUAUCAGCCACAGACGGGUCAUGAGCCCGGUGUUGCUGCUGGCCCUCCUGGGGGUCACCUUCCCACUGCCAGGAGUGCAGGCGCUGCUCUGCCAGUCUGGGACAGGUCACGACGUGUGGAAUGUGUCCCAGUUGCCCCUGCACUGGACCCCUAAGGAGAUCAGCUGUGACAGCGGCUUGGGGUGCCAGGACACCAUGGUGCUCAUUGAGAGUGGACCCCAAGUGAGCAUGGUGCUGUCCAAGGGCUGCACAGAGGCCAAGGACCAGGAGCCCCGCAUCACUGAGCACCGGAUGGGCCCCGGCCUCUCCGUGCUCUCCUACACCUAUGUGUGCCGCCACAAGGACUUCUGCAACAACCUAGUGACCACUGCCCCGCUCUGGACCCCGCAGCCCCCAGCAGAGCCAGGAUCCUUGAGGUGCCCAGUCUGCUUGUCUAUGAAAGACUGUCCGGAGGGGACAACAGAAGAGAUGUGCCCCAAGGGGACCACGCACUGUUAUAAUGGCCUCCUCAGGCUCAGGGGAGGAGGCAUCUUCUCCAAUCUGAGAGUCCAGGGAUGCUUGCCCCAGCCAGGUUGCAACCUGCUCAAUGGGACACAGGAAAUUGGGCCCGUGGGGAUGACUGAGAACUGCAAUACGAAAGAUUUUCUGACCUGCCAUCGGGGGAACUCUUUGCAGAAGGAUGAUAACUUGGCUCAAGUACCCAUUGAAUGGACCAUGUCUAAUACCGUGAUGUGCGAGGCGGGCCAGGUGUGUCAGGAGACGCUGCUCCUCAUAGAUGUAGGACACACAUCGACCCUGGUGUGGAGCAAAGGCUGCAGCGCUGUUGGGACGCAAAAUUCCCAGAAGACCUCCAUCCACUCAGCCCCUCCUGGGGUGCUUGUGGCCUCCUAUGCCCACUUCUGCUCCUCAGACCUGUGCAAUAGUGCUAGCAGCAGCAGCGUCCUGCUGAACUCCCUCCCUCCUCAAGGUGCCCCAGAGCCAGGAGACCAGCAGUGUCUUACCUGUGUGCAGCCCUUGGGAACCUGCUCAAGUGACUCCCCAGUAAAGACCUGCCCCAGGGGCACCACUCAUUGUUAUGAUGGGUACAUUAGUCUCUCAGGAGGUGGGAUAACCACCACAAUGGGCAUUCAGGGCUGUGUGGCCCAACCUUCCAGCUCCUUGUUGAAGCACACCAGACAAAUCGGGAUCUUCUCUGUGCGUGAGAAGGGUGAUUCUGAGAGCGGUGGGGCUGGGGGCCUGGAGUCUCUCACUUGGGGGGUGGGGCUGGCACUGGCCCUGGCGCUUUGGUGGGGGGCUCUUUGCCCUUCCUGUUAACUCCAUUUCCCCCACGAUUCUUCACCCCUGCUGACCACCACACUCAACCGUCCCUCUGACCUCGUAACUUAAUGGCCUUGGACACCAAAUUCUUUUCCCAUCCUGCCCAUGAAUUAUCUUCCCCACACACAAUCAUUCAUGUCUACUCACCUAAUAGCGACCCUGGGGAGAGCCUGGAGCAGCUGGACUUGUCCUAUGGGAGAGGGGACGUUGGAGGAGUGGCUGCAUGUAUCUGAAUAAUAAAGACCUUGUCCUUUCUUCCAGUGCUGAGGUUUCUCCAUGUGAGGGGACAGCAGGACACCCAGGGAUCUAGUGUGGGGGAGGAGAGGAACCUAAUGAAAAAAUGAUCAUCCAAAGCCUGCCCUUUAUUGGUCUGGUUCAUGUCUCCAAACCAGCUUGGAUGGUAGCAGAGAC